AUGAACUCUCAUCCAGAGUUUUCCAUAGAGGAACGAGAUUAUGUAAGAGACAAACAAUCAAGUAGAUGUCCAAGUUUAAAAGAAUUAACCAGUUCACAUGACAGAAGUAUACCAUAUGAAUAUCACCGUCUAAAAGAAAACAAACACAACCAUUCAAAUCACAAAGAGUAUCCAACCUCAAAAGAUCAUUCUAAUAGAAAUGCUUGUAGGCUGGAAAGCACGUCGAAGAGAUAUCGAAUGUCAAAAGAAAACCAUAAAGAUUUAAAUAGGUCUGCAGUAAACAUGGAUGAAAACGCUUACAGAAUAUACAAUAAUGAUCAAAUGUCACGAGAUUACAACGAAGAUAGAAUAAGGCCAACAAGACGUGAUUAUGAGGACAUGCCCAAGGGUUACCGUGGAAACCAUUCGUCAAGGGAGGACAACGAAGAAAUGGAUAGAUUUACUAGUCAGAGCUAUGAAGGCAUGCAAAACAGAUAUCGUCUGGACCAACCUUCCAGAAAAGACUUCCAAUAUAGGAAUAGAUCUACUAGACCAAGAUAUGAAAACAAGCGAAUCAGUUGUCUUCGAGAUCAACCGUUACGAAGAGACCACCAAGAAAGAAAAAGGUCUAAUAGAAAGAGAAGGGAAGAUAUGCAAAAGAGUUAUCAUAGCAACCAAGCACCAAGGAAAGACAAACAAGACAGGGACAGGUCAGCAACACACAGGAAUGAUCCCAGAAGAGAAAAGGAUUACCUGGAAAGGAAUGAGGGACGUAACAUGUCAAGAACAGAUGAGUGGAUUGUUACACCUGAUAAGAAUACUAGUAGUUUACAGGAAAACGAUGACCUCGCUGCUAAGAUUUAUAAAGUUUUGCUAAACGAAGGUGGUAAACUGAAGAAGAAACAAUUUGAGGCCUGUCUACGCUCAAAACCAUUAACGAUGAGGUUUUUGCCAAAGGGAGCUUUUACUAAAUUUUUAAAAAGUUAUAGUAAUAUUUUUGACAUCUCUGAUGGGUCUAUUACUGAAAAAGAGGAAGGUGAAAUAACAGACCCGGAAGUGAGAGCAAGCGAUUGGCCAUUUGAUAAUUGUCGGUAUGGACAUGAUCUUGAAACAGAUCACAACCGCCAGUCUCUUAUGCAUCACUUUAUGCAAUUCCUUGAACCUGAUCAGGUCCGGAUUUUGAUAAGCGAUAUGGACCACAGAAGGGGUAAUUGUGCGUUCCAACCCAACUGUAAACGUUCUCACAAUCUGGAAGAUGAACAGCCCCAGCAGGUUUUGAGUAAAUUUGGGAUAGAGAUGAACGCACGUAACAAAGAUAGUUUGUUGAAAAUGCUUAAAUUGGGUUCUCUGCAUUCUCCAGGGGAUCAAGGUCAAGGUGUUAGGAAAACAACCCGUCUUUAUAGUCGUAGUGGAUCAACCGAUCCAGAUGAGACUGUCCAAGAAGAAAUAAAAGACAAAAAGAUCGAAGGAAAUAUCUCAGACCCUCGUUCUGAAAUCAGUAAACCUCUUCGUUAUGGGAAUAUGGCCUGUGAAUGA